GUGGUUAUAGCGGCCGAUAAUCAAGUUUUCACUUCGAGUCCCAAAGACAAGGAAGUCUUCGUUGGCGAGAGUAUACAGUUUGACUGGGACUACAUAAAAAAUGACACUGGUGAAGUUCGAUUUGGGGUUAAAGUGAAUACUACGGCGGUGACCAUUUGCAAGUUUGUUCUUAAACAUAGGACGACAAUUUUCAACAACAAGAACGAAGAAAUCAAGAACUAUAAAGACAGAGUUGAAGUCGUGUCGCACAGAAGAGCAAGUUUCAGAAUUAAAAAUGUUCGAAUGAGUGAUACAGGGACCUAUUUUUGUUCACUCGUCAAUACUGAUAAACUGGAUGAUUUCAUCUCGUCCGUGAAAAUGACUGUUGUGGGUAAGUAUUCCGUUUAUUAGUGUGCGCGCGGGAAUUAUGAAUUUUGCUAUGGUCAGCUAGCUAGCGUUCGAUGGGUGAUGUGACACCAGGUUUUUGGGUCUUUUUGGUGUAAAUUAUAUUUUGAUAGUAAUGGUUCACGAGAGGAACACUGAACGACGUAAUUAUUGGUUUCGUUGUUUAGGUGAAACCGAGUUUUAAAUAUGUUGAUUCGUUGAUAUAUAUUUUAGCAAAAAGUUAAAAUUCCGCCUCAUUGAUUCUAUGGAAGUCUCUUUGAACAAAGCUUUUCUAUUGAAAAGGGAAAAUAUGCCGGUAAAUCAGCUGUCUCCGGGAGAUGUACUAGCUAUUGUGCAAUUUCGUGUUCAACAAAUCGUAUGCAAGCCUUUGUAGCGAAUUUUUUGUUUAUUCAGUAAUGGUAUUCUGGCCCGUUUUCCUCGAAGUUUUUUAGAACACAUUUAAAGGGGUUGGUUUUACGAUCACGAAAAUACAAACGUAUAACUCGUAUAUUAGCCAGUUGUUAAUUAGAGGGAACGAGAAAAUUCAGGAUUGUUUAGAUUGUGGGAUAGACGUUCUAAACUGUUUCUCGCUUGAUACGAAAAUGAAUAUUUUGUGAACACAAGCACCUGCUACAUACGCCUUUUAAGACAUAGUCACGCCAUGCUAAUCAACUUGGUAAUUCAUGGAGUGUUUUUCCUGGUCAUUUCGCCGCUUUUGUUUACACAGUUUAAAGAAAUAUCAGUUUAUUUGUGGAUUUAAAGGCAUUCAUGUGAUCGAAUCGCUGCACAGCUGCCAGAAACUGUAGUUAUGUGAGAUCUAUUUUAUGAUGCGUUUAAUGACUUAUCCAUGGAUUUAGCUUUUAAACCUAAACUAUCAAGACAAAUUGCUUUUCUGACAAGUGAUUAAGAACAAAACGUUUUUUGUUCUGGUACUUUUUAACAAAUUGCCACAAUUUUUUCUUUACCAAAGAGAAAAUUCCAGCUCUGUGCCAAAUCUCCCUGACCACAAUGAAUCCAUUUUAUCCUGUUUUCAUCAGCUUCAUCAAAUUUGCAUACAGCUGUGCAAAAGUAUUUUUCACUUUUUAAUUUCAUGUUAGACAUAUGGGUAGCAAAGACCCCACUGGAUGUGUCUGUCACCUAAUUUGAUCAUGAAAGUGGGGGAUAUGUCAAUAAAUUAAUAAAGACUUAUUGAGAAUGCCAUGAGAAAGUAAUUGUCUUUGGAAUUCUUAUAAAAAGAGCUUGAAAGCAGAAGUUGUAAUAUGGCAAGAUGGAAGUCAAACAGAAGCAUCAAUUUCAUGAAAUGUUUAUUUAUCUAGAUGUAUCUAUUUGUUAAACAUGCAUUAUGUAUAGAAACCAUAAUCGUUAAUGAUGCCAUUAGUGCAAAGUGAAAAUUAUCAUUCUUUCCAAAAUAAAAAUUAUUGUAUGAACUAAGAAAUGGAUUACCAGACAAACUGCCAUUUUCAUAUUUUUAAGUGGGCUUUUAACUUUAUAUCAUGCUUCAGUAUGAAUUCAAUGAUAAAAAAUUCAAAUUCUCUUUACUGAUCUCCAUACAGUUUCUCAUGGAAAAAUAGUCCCCUGAGGGGACAUGUGCUUACUGGUUAUGAAUAGUCUUUACUCCAGUAACCAUAAAAAAGAAAAAAAGGAAGAAGAAGAAAAGAAUCUAUGAAAUUUGUUGAAGGAAAUAUGCGGGGUAUUGAACCCAAUAACCUCUCCUCCGGACUUAUGGACUUACACAGACAUUAAUAAAAUGCUUUCUGGCUACAAAACCAGUAAGCACAAUAUGUUGAGAGAAUUUAUUUUAGAAUCAAUGUAUUUUUCUUAAGGUGGUCUUCAUUGUUAAUUCUUAUAACAUUUUUUCAUCAUAAUAAAUAUACUGUCAGGAGAAAAGUGAUGUUAUCACUUGUGGGACUUAAAUGCUAAGGUUAUUGUAAUCAAGAUCGAGCCCUAAAUGAAAUAGCACCAACCCAUAAUAUUCUUAACUAUUGUAGUAAAGCUUUAUCCAUAGUUCCAUAAUAUUGACCAAAAUCUAACUUCUCCUUGCUACUGAUCAAGGAAUUAAAAAUAAGGGUGACAAAGUAUUCAUCAAAUAUGAAAAUUUGAGAUUUUCAUGAAUUAAUAAUAAAAAGAGUAAAGUUAAAAGGAGAUUAUAAACGAUGACUCAGGUAGAGUGGGAACUGUAAACUAAAGAUACUUGAGCAUACCAAGUUUUUAUUUUCUCCAUAUAGUCUGAGUGCAAGAUUCUAUGAAAUUAAAUUUGCUAGUUUAGUUCUUUUUUGAUAAAACCAAGGCAAGUCUUUUGAGGUGGUAUAUAAUUGCCUGAAAAUUAUUUUCGUUUAUAAUACCAGUAAGUAUAGUUAGGAGAUUCACUGCAGUGGGUUUAUUUAUGCAUUCUUUGACUGAUCUAACAUUUGAUUAAGCUACAUGAUUUUAAAGAUCAAGGUUAAGAUGACAUAUUAAAAUAAUAAUGUAACAUUAAAAUAUAAUGAAUUACACAUAAAUAGAUUUUUAUCUAAUUGUUUUCUUGUCAGUGGCAUAUAUACUAAACCAUUUUGUGUGGCGACAGUUUUUUAGUGAUCGGAUUUUUUUGUGUUCAGUUGAGUCAGCAGGGAAGUGGAUUAAGUCUUCUUUAUUUUACCUGUACGUAUACUUAAUCAGUAUGCUAUUAAUAUAAUGUCUUAGUCAUAAUGCAAGCUGUUUAUUUCAUUGCAAGUUCUAAAGAUGUUCAGCAUGACUUUUGGGGUUUCAUACUGGUAUGUUAUUUUCCUAUGACUAGAUAUAUAAACAAAUAUUAACCUUACAACGAUUGUGUGCUUUAUUCUUUUCAGACCUCUUGAUCGACAAAUUUAGUUCAUCAAUAUCUGUAGAGUCCUGGGAUGGCCACAAAAUACAGGUCACCUGUGCAGUUAAGGUGCCAACAGGUACAAAUGCCAAGUUCUCAUGGAUGCACAUUCCAUCCAAUACAAGUGUUGCUAAGCAACUCCAUGAAGACUUAGGAAGUAAAAGUCACUUGAUGAUAACCACAUAUGAAGAUAAAGACUUUGAGGCCCUGCAGUGUAGGGCAGAGACCAAGAACACUGUGAAAUUCCAUGUUGUUAACAUCACGAGGCUACGUAAGUUGAAAUUAUUAUUAAUAAUAAUUAUUAGAGAAUAAUAGAAUGUCCUUAUAAGCUUGUUUGGGUCAGUUACAAGUUGCCAAGUAUAUGCAAUUGGUCGUCACUGGGAAUUGAACAGCUCGGAAGUUCUUUUGGUUUGUUUUUCUUUCCAUAAAGACUUGUCAGGGGUCAUACUCACAAUAGAGGCCAGUGAAAAUCCCCAGGGUCCCCCGGCCAGUCCCUUACUAAUCUACUGAGAGAGAGUUGGUGGGGAGGUUGGAUCUUGUAGAACGAUUUUCCAAAAAGACGCUAGGAUUAUUCAAUUUUGUACUUCUAUGAUGUUAAUAUUAGUCUAGGGCUGUAUAUUAAAUUAUUAUUAUUUCUUUCUUGUAAGGGCUGAUCAGUUUAAUUUGCUCAGAAAAAAGCGUGACAGGGUAUCAUGAUAUUUCCUUCAUUUUGAUUACAGGUUGUUAUAAAUUAAUAUAAAAACCAGAGCCAUACAUAAUAUUGUAUCCAACUACAUAAAUGGUAGAGAUUUCUUUGGACAUGUUCAGCUGUUUGUUAGCCAUGUGAUUUUGCUGUCGGUUGACAAGCUGUUAUUAUUUUUCAGCCUUCAGUUAGUUUGAGGGUUAAUGUAAGGUUGAUUUCUUUGACAACUUAGGUACUCCAUCUCGACCAAGAAAUCUCAAGUCAGAACCAGUUUUUGAUAAAAAGAAUGCACAGACAUAUUUUAAACUUCACUGGGAGCCUCCUGAAAAUGAUGGUGGAACUGUGAUCAGCGAGUAUGGCAUUCAUUAUGUACCAAAAGAACUUUCUUGGAAAGAUGCAACAACAAAAAAGACAACAAGUAAUGAAUUGAACUUGAAACUUAAAAGUGGUGAAAUAUAUCUCGUAAAUGUCAGGGCCAGGAACAAGGUUGGUGUUGGUCCCGCAUCAAAUGAGAUUGAAUUAGAUCUUGGUAAGUAUUAG